AGCAAGGGCUCAAUUUUAACAGAAUCCACCUUAUAAUCUCUCCCUUAACUUAUGCCUACCUUCCGCCACUUUGAGUGAGAAUAUCACAAGACAAGGGGGGAGAUAAAGACGCCUCUGGGGGGAAAAAAUCGGGUGUUAAUAGGACAAUAUCUGUUCGCGUUGGAGAGGAGAGACAGACAACAGCACAGCGAGAGAGAAACCCUAUUUGGUCCUGGGAGAGAGGGGGGUGAGUGCUCUCAAGGCAGAAAAUUCGAUGAUGACCAUGACUACGAUGGCUGACGGUCUGGAGGCUCAGGACUCGUCCAAGUCUGCGUUCAUGGAGUUUGGGCAGCAGUCGCACUCACAACAGAGCUCCCCGUCGAUGGCCGGCGGCCACUACCCGCUGCAUUGUCUGCACUCCGGCUCGCACGCGCACCACCAGCACGACAACACCGCGUACCCCGGGAGCAACACCUACAACAGGUCGCUACCCUACCCCUACGUGAGCCACCCGCACCACAGCCCGUACCUGCCAUCCUAUCACAACAACACGGGAGGACAGACAAGGUUAGACGGCACAGAGCAGCAGAAAACGACGGUGAUUGAAAACGGGGAAAUUCGCUUUAAUGGCAAAGGGAAGAAGAUCCGCAAGCCUCGGACGAUUUACUCCAGUUUGCAGCUGCAGGCACUGAACCAUCGUUUCCAGCAAACCCAGUACCUCGCUUUACCGGAGCGCGCCGAGCUGGCCGCGUCUCUAGGACUGACACAAACCCAGGUCAAGAUUUGGUUCCAGAAUAAAAGGUCAAAGUUCAAGAAGCUGCUGAAACAAGGAGGCAACCCCCAUGAGAGCGAACCUAUACCGGGCUCCAUGUCCCUCUCCCCGCGGUCCCCGACCAUCCCUCCGAUCUGGGACGUCUCGGCCUCGUCCAAAGGAGUAAACAUGCCCGGCAACAGCUACAUGCCCGGCUACUCUCACUGGUAUUCCUCUCCACAUCAAGACUCGAUGCAGAGAUAGACUGACGCGGCACGGGGGUCGAGCGAGCUGUCUGGAGGCCUGCGGAUCCUCCGUUUCCAACGUAGCCUACAAUUUGGGUCAGCGCAGAGACCGGACGCUGGAGGGGGGGGGCAGAGUCCCCGUGCGUCGCACCUUGGCUGGAGGAUAAAACACAUAAAGCAGCCAAGCCUGGGUGCGGUGACACAACACAAGGAAACUAACCGUUUUUUUUAGCGUUACAUGGCUGUUCAGUGGGCUCGCAUAUUUGUUAUGCUUUCAUUCAUGUCAACAUCUGAGCGUCAAUAUACCAAAUAUUACCAGUGACAUUUUAGCCACUUUGGGCAGAGACUGCUUACGCUCCACGCGCGCCGUGGCGCCCGGAAGCUGUUGCCAUGGUGGACUCCUGACUGCUUUUCUUUUUUUUUUUUUUUUUUUUUCUUGGUUGUUCCUUCAACAUGCAAAAACGAGCAAAUUGUCUGUCUGUAAAUAUGAUCUGCGAUUUUAGUUGUACAUACACUUUUUAUGUUUUGUCAGAUUGAGUAAACCGUGACUCAAAACAGA